GACGCUGUUGAGCCCCAGAACUGCCGGAGACGCCAGGAGCCAGGGCGCGGGUAACUCCCAGCAAGUGCUGUUACGGAAAGAUGCCAGUCCGCAGGGGCCACGUUGCUCCCCAAAACACUUACUUGGACACCAUCAUCCGCAAGUUUGAAGGCCAGAGUCGGAAGUUCCUGAUUGCCAAUGCGCAGAUGGAGAACUGUGCCAUCAUUUACUGCAACGAUGGCUUCUGCGAACUCUUUGGCUACUCCCGUGUGGAGGUGAUGCAGCGGCCCUGUACUUGUGAUUUCCUCACGGGCCCGAACACUCCAAGCAGUGCUGUGUCCCGCUUGGCUCAGGCCCUGCUUGGGGCUGAAGAGUGCAAGGUGGACAUCCUCUACUAUCGAAAGGACGCCUCCAGCUUCCGCUGCCUGGUGGAUGUGGUCCCCGUGAAGAAUGAGGACGGGGCAGUCAUCAUGUUUAUCCUCAAUUUCGAGGACCUGGCCCAGCUCCUGGCCAAGAGCAGCAGCCGCAGCCUGACCCAACGGUUGUUGUCACAUAGCUUCCUGGGUUCUGAGGGCUCUCACAGCAGGCCGAGUGGACAGGGGCCUGGCCCAGGCAGGGGCAAGUACAGAACCAUCAGCCAGAUUCCGCAGUUCACACUCAACUUCGUGGAAUUCAACCUGGAGAAGCACCGCUCAGGCUCCACCACGGAGAUUGAGAUCAUCGCUCCCCACAAGGUGGUGGAGCGGACACAGAAUGUCACUGAAAAAGUCACCCAGGUCCUGUCCCUAGGUGCAGACGUGCUGCCAGAGUACAAGCUACAAGCACCGCGUAUCCACCGAGGCACCAUUCUGCACUACAGCCCCUUCAAGGCCGUGUGGGACUGGCUCAUCUUGCUCUUAGUCAUCUAUACAGCGGUCUUCACGCCCUACUCUGCCGCCUUUCUACUCAGCGAUCAGGACGAAUCACAGCGCGGUACCUGUGGCUAUACCUGCAGCCCGCUCACCGUGGUGGACCUCAUCGUGGAUAUCAUGUUUGUCGUGGACAUCGUCAUCAACUUCCGAACCACCUACGUCAACACUAAUGAUGAGGUGGUCAGCCACCCACGACGCAUCGCUGUCCACUAUUUCAAGGGCUGGUUCCUCAUUGACAUGGUGGCUGCCAUCCCCUUUGACCUGCUUAUCUUCCGCACUGGCUCAGAUGAGACCACCACCUUGAUUGGGUUACUGAAGACGGCGCGCCUCCUGCGGCUGGUGCGCGUGGCCCGGAAGCUGGACCGCUAUUCUGAAUACGGGGCCGCGGUACUCUUCCUGCUCAUGUGUACUUUCGCGCUCAUUGCGCACUGGCUGGCCUGUAUCUGGUACGCCAUCGGCAACGUGGAGCGACCCUACUUGGAGCCCAAGAUUGGCUGGCUGGACAGCCUGGGUGCACAGCUUGGCAAGCACUAUAAUGGCAGCGACCCAGCCUCGGGACCCUCUGUCCAGGACAAGUAUGUCACCGCCCUCUACUUCACCUUCAGCAGCCUUACCAGUGUGGGCUUCGGCAACGUGUCACCCAACACCAACUCUGAGAAGGUCUUCUCUAUCUGCGUCAUGCUCAUUGGCUCCCUUAUGUACGCCAGCAUCUUUGGCAACGUGUCGGCCAUCAUCCAACGCCUGUACUCGGGCACUGCCCGCUACCACACGCAGAUGCUGCGUGUCAAGGAGUUCAUCCGCUUCCACCAGAUCCCCAACCCACUGCGGCAGCGCCUGGAAGAGUAUUUCCAGCACGCCUGGUCCUACACCAACGGCAUUGACAUGAACGCGGUGCUGAAGGGCUUCCCUGAGUGCCUGCAGGCGGACAUCUGCCUGCACCUGCACCGCGCUCUGCUGCAGCACUGCCCCGCCUUCCGGGGCGCCAGCAAGGGGUGCCUGCGCGCGCUCGCGGUCAAGUUCAAGACCACGCACGCGCCGCCUGGGGACACGCUGGUGCACCUGGGCGACGUGCUCUCCACGCUCUACUUCAUCUCCCGCGGCUCCAUCGAGAUCCUGCGCGAUGAUGUGGUCGUGGCCAUUCUAGGGAAGAAUGACAUCUUUGGGGAGCCUGCCAGUCUUCAUGCCAGGCCAGGCAAAUCUAGCGCAGAUGUGCGCGCCUUGACCUACUGUGACCUGCAUAAGAUCCAUCGAGCAGACCUGCUGGAGGUGCUGGACAUGUACCCUGCCUUUGCAGACACCUUCUGGAAUAAGCUGGAGGUCACCUUCAACCUGCGGGACGCAGAUGGGGGUCUCCAGUCAACACCCCGACAGGCCCCAGGCCACCAAGACCCCCAAGGCUUCUUCCUCAAUGACAGUCAGUCAGGUGAGUCCACCCAGUUGGGUCCUGAAAGCCCCCACGUGGGCUCUAGUGAGAAGGGGCAGUCUGUGGAAUCAGAUGUAGCAAAGGUUGUCCCCUUCUUUCCUGAAGGUGCUGCCCCUUCCUUGAGCAUUUCAGACACAUCCGCACUUUGGCCUGAAUUGCUACAGCAAAUGCCCCCAAGUCCCCCAAACCCACGACAGGACCUGGAUUGCUGGCCUCGGGAGCUAGGCUUUAAGUUAGAACAGCUCCAAGCCCAGAUGAACAGAUUGGAGUCCCGAGUGUCAUCAGACCUCAGCCGCAUCCUACAGCUGCUUCAGCACCCGCAGGGUCGCCCCAGCUACAUCUUGGGAGCCUCUGCCUCCAGUGACCUGGCCUCGUUUCCUGAAACUUCAGUGACUCGGAGUUCAGAGUCUACGCUUCUGGUGGGACAUGUGCCCUCUGCGCAGACCCUAAGCUACGGUGACUUGGACGACCAUAUUCAGACACCCAGGAAUUUCUCCCCCAGGACACCUCACGUGGCCAUGGCAAUGGACAAAACUCUGGUGCCAUCCUCAGAACAAGAGCAACCUGGGGGUCUCCUGUCACCUCUAGCCUCACCUCUGCGUCCCCUGGAAGUACAGGGACUGGGUGGUUCCCGCUUCCCCUCCCUCCCUGAACACCUCAGCUCAGUUCCCAAGCAGCUAGAGUUCCAGAGACACGGUUCCGAUCCUGGAUUCACAAGGAGUUAGGGCCUUUAGACCCCAGGGUAAAGGCUACCAUGAGGGAAUUUAAGUACGGUGAGGUGAGAGUUAAGCCCCCUUCGGGGGAGGGCCAGACAGCUCUCCCAUAAAACUCUGAAAACCAUUUCCUCAGAGAAACUGUAGACUGCUGAGCCAGGUGACCAGGACGGUCUGAGCAAAGAGGCUCAGGACUUGGCCCGGGCUCCUUGGGACCCCUGUAGUCAGCAAGCCAGGCAGAGGGUUGCUCAGAGGUAGCUUACAGGAUGCCAGUGGAGAAGACAGAUGCUUCAGAUCUCCGGGAGAAUCUUGCUUGGGGCCGCAUGUGGUCGCCUCCCAACUCAGAACCACCCACUGCCUCAAAAGCCCAGACCCAAGGCCAGGUUUGACCAGACCUUUACCAAAAGCCUCUAUCUAAUAUGGCUGGAAUUAGAGGUGUCCUCUGUGGUGGACAUAAAAGACAGGGAGCUGCAGCCCUCAGCCCCUCUUCCCCUGAGACUCUCAUAACAGUCUCUGGGACAUGCAGACAUAGCUAAUAAAGUCUUGAACAUUUCA